AUGCCUCUCAACGGAUCGUGCCUGUGCGGAAAGGUCCAGGUCAGCGUCAAGGACGACGCGCUGCCGCUCAAGCCCGUCGUCUGCCGAUGCACGAACUGCCAACAGACCGCUGGCUCUCCUUACUCGCUCGUGACCAUCGUGCCUGAGGACAAGGUCGAGAUCACCGGCGAGACCAAAGCCUCUUGGAACUCUUGGGCAGACACGGACACGACCACGACGAGCGGCAACAACUCCAAGCGCCACUUCUGCCCCGAGUGCGGCUCGCCCGUCCAGACGGUCAGCCCCACACGCGCUGGGCUGGCCAUCAUCAAGCUCGGCCUGUUUGCCAAGAGCGAUGGCUGGAAGGACAGCAUCGGCACGCCCGUCGCUCAGAUCUUUACGCGCAACCAGAAGCCGUGGGAGUCGCUCAUCGACGGCGUCCCCGCUGUCGAGGGCACCAUGUAG